AUGGCGCUGCAGACCAUUCUUCUCACACUCACAGUCGUCUGGGCUGCAGCACAGACCCCACCAUGCAGAAGACUGGGGAGGGCAGCCAAGCCCAGCUUCUAUCAACAUGGAAACAUCAACAUCGGUGGGGUCUUUGACCUUCACAGUGAAACCAGGAAAAUGAGUAUGCAAUUCACAAGGACACCAGAGCCAAUGAAAUGUGUAAGAGUUAAUUUCAGAGAAUUCCGGGUAGCCCAGACCAUGAUCUUCGCCAUUGAAGAAAUUAACAACAGAACAGACCUCCUCCCAGGUGUAUCUCUUGGAUAUAAGAUAUACGACACCUGUCUCUCUCCAAUGUUCUCAAUAAGAUCAGCCAUGGCUCUGAUGAACGGUUAUGAGGAAACACUGACCGACACAUCAUGUUCCACACCAGCAGUUGUGCAGGCCAUUGUUGGGGCAUCCAUGUCGACUAACUCCAUUGCAAUUGCAGCAAAUGUUGGAUUAUUUAAGAUUCCAGUGAUCAGUCACUUUUCAACAUGUGCAUGUCUGAGCAACAGAAGAGCGUUUCCCUCAUUCUUUAGAACCAUUCCCAGUGACUAUUACCAGAGCAGAGCACUGGCUCAGCUGGUGAAGCACUUUGGCUGGACCUGGAUAGGAACAGUGAGGGGGGACACUGACUAUGGCAACAAUGGAAUGGCCACAUUUAUAGAAGCUGCUCAACAAGAAGGGAUCUGCAUUGAGUAUUCUGAGAAAUUUCACGUAACAGAACCAGAGAAAUUACUGAAGGUUGUAGAUGUUAUCAAGAGAAGUACUGCAAAGGCAAUUCUAGCAUUUCUUGGUCCAGUUGAAAUGAGCAAGUUAUUGGAACAACUGACCCUUCAGAAUAUUACUGGUCUCCAAAUGGUUGGCAGCGAAGGCUGGAUAACAGCAAGUAAUCUAGUGACACGAACAAGUUUCAGAGUACUGGGAGGAUCUAUUGGCUUUGCUGUCAACAAAGGCGACAUAAAUGGCUUCAAAGAAUUUCUAUUAAAACUACACCCCUCCCAAAAGCCAGGAAACCUUGCUGUCAUAGACUUUUGGGAAGAUAUGUUUCAGUGUUCCCUAAUAAAUGAGAACAGUCUACCUUCCAUAAUCCCCUGCACUGGAUCUGAGAGCUUGAGUGAAUUGGAAAACCAAUACACUGAUGUAUCAGAGCUGAGAAUUCCCUACAAUGUUUACAAAGCAGUGUAUGCUGUUGCUCAUUCUCUCGAUGACCUGCUGGCAUGUACAGCCCAUCGAGGAUGCACAAACAGUGUGAAAACAGAACCCUGGCAGGUACUUAGGGCACUGAAAAAAGUCAAUUUCACUUUGGGAACUGGAGAGAACAUCUCCUUUGACAGUAAUGGAGAUCCAAUAGCCAGAUACGAGGUGGUGAACUGGCAGCUUGGUCCUGAUGGUGCAGUAGAGUUCAGAGUGGUUGGCUACUAUGAUGCCUCUUCACCAUCUGGUCAGCAGUUUGUGAUGAGACCUGUUAGUGUGGUUUGGGCAGGUGGGCAAACACAGAAACCCAGGUCAGUGUGCAGUGAGAGCUGUCCCCCAGGCACCCGGAAGGCUGUGCAGAGAGGAAGGCCAGUCUGCUGCUAUGACUGUGUGCCCUGUGCUGAGGGAGAAAUCAGCAAUGCUACAGAUUCUACUGACUGUAUUCAGUGCCUGGAAGAACAGUGGUCAAAUGUUAAAAGAGAUCAUUGUGUUUUAAAGACUGUUGAGUUUCUGUCCUUUCAAGAAAUUAUGGGAAUAGUGCUUGUAAUGUUUUCUAUAUCUGGAGCAUGUGUAACUGUAUUUGUAGCAGUGCUGUUCUUUUUAAAUAAGGAUACACCAAUUGUGAAAGCCAACAACUCAGAGCUGAGCUUCCUGCUGCUCCUUUCAUUGAAACUGUGUUUCCUUUGCUCUCUUACCUUCAUUGGCCAGCCCUCUAAGUGGUCCUGUAUGCUGCGCCACACUGCGUUUGGGAUCACCUUUGUCCUCUGCAUCUCUUGUGUUCUAGGGAAAACAUUAGUGGUAUUAAUGGCCUUCAGGGCUACACUUCCAGGCAGUAAUGUCAUGAAGUGGUUUGGGCCUCCCCAGCAGAGACUGAGUGUUUUUGCUUUCACUCUCAUACAGGUCCUUAUUUGUGUGCUUUGGUUAACAAUAUCCCCUCCUUUCCCCAAAAAGAACGUGGAGCACUACAAAGAAAAGAUCAUUCUAGAAUGUGAUGUCGGAUCAGCAGUUGGGUUCUGGGCUGUACUUGGCUAUAUUGGGCUCCUCUCUAUAUUGUGCUUUGUUUUAGCUUUUCUGGCACGUAAGCUACCUGACAACUUCAAUGAAGCUAAAUUCAUCACUUUCAGCAUGCUCAUAUUCUGUGCAGUCUGGAUCACCUUCAUACCAGCUUAUGUCAGCUCUCCGGGAAAGUUUACUGUAGCUGUGGAGAUCUUUGCAAUUUUAGCAUCUAGCUUUGGCUUGCUGUUCUGUAUUUUUAUUCCAAAAUGUUAUGUAAUAUUAUUCAAACCUGAGCAAAAUACAAGAAAACAUAUCAUGGGUAAAACAGAUGUGAAAUCUCAGUGA